AAGUUGAGAUGCCAGAUGCGCUGGACUGAUAUAAAAAAGGACACUCUUCUUCCCAUUUUUGUCUGAACGAAAGAAAAUCUCUCUGUUUCUUUUCUCGCAAAUUUUUGUGUUCUUGUUUUCGAAGAGAAACGAAAACGCAAUCUCGGAUUCUCGGGAAACAAACAAGCACCGAUGGCGGAUCAGCUGACCGACGAUCAGAUCUCUGAGUUCAAGGAAGCCUUCAGCCUAUUCGACAAGGAUGGCGAUGGCUGUAUCACUACCAAGGAACUCGGCACUGUGAUGAGAUCAUUGGGGCAGAACCCAACUGAGGCAGAGCUCCAGGACAUGAUUAAUGAAGUGGAUGCUGAUGGUAAUGGAACCAUUGACUUUCCUGAGUUCUUAAACCUGAUGGCUAGGAAGAUGAAAGACACUGACUCUGAGGAGGAGCUGAAAGAGGCUUUCAGAGUUUUUGAUAAGGAUCAGAAUGGCUUCAUUUCUGCUGCUGAGCUGCGCCAUGUGAUGACAAAUCUGGGGGAGAAGCUCACUGACGAGGAAGUGGAUGAGAUGAUUCGUGAGGCUGAUGUUGAUGGUGAUGGCCAGAUAAAUUACGAGGAGUUUGUCAAGGUGAUGAUGGCUAAGUGAGAGUUUCAAGAAACCUAACUCACAUGAUUUUAUGAACCAAAACAAAAAAAAAGAAAAAAAGAAGAGGAAGGGGGGAGAAGAAGCAGAAAUUAAUAUGGGAUUCCUAGCUUCCAGUUUUAUGUUUAUGGUUUUUGUAAUCAAGUCUUAAAAAAAGUAGUAGACUUGGGGAGGUGGUGUUGUUUUUGCUACCCUCUUUUAUGUCUUGCGACAAUGGUUUGGCAGUUAAGUUUUUUUCUUUGCCUUUUCCUCUUCCUUCUUCCAUUUUCUGGUCUAUUGUGAACCGUAACUUUCUGAGAGGAUUCAAUGUUCUAUGUUGGAUGGAUGACGCAUUUUAUUUGUAGGCUAC